AUGACAUACGUGCGCAAUUAUGGAAGGCCAGAUCUUUUCAUAACUUUCACCUGUAAUCCAGAUUGGCAAGCAAUAAAACAGGAACUUUUUCCCGGUCAACGGUCUUUCGACCGGCAUGACAUCAUAGCUCGAGUGUUUCACUUAAAAAUGAAGAAAAUGAUAAAAAUAUUAACAAAAGACGCGAUUUUUGGGCCGGUUAAAUGUUAUAUGCUUACUGUUGAGUGGCAAAAAAGAGGAUUGCCGCAUUGUCAUAUGUUGCUUUGGUUGAACUCAAAAGUACAACCCGAUGAAAUUGAUAAAAUAAUAGUUGCCGAACUACCUAAUAAAGACGAAGACCCAGUAUUAUUUCAGAUAGUCACAAAGAAUAUGGUACAUGGACCAUGUGGACAAGAAAAUUUGACUUCUCCGUGCAUGAAAAAUGGGAUAUGUACAAAAAAAUAUCCACGACGUUUCGUGACUGAAACCCAGACCGGUGAGGAUGGGUAUCCCGUUUAUCGACGACGCGAUAUCGACAACGGAGGGCAGAUUGCUGCAUUGAAUGUCCGAGGGCAUACGGUUAAUAUAGACAACAGAUGGAUCGUUCCAUAUUCCCCAAUACUAUGUCGAUCUUUUAAUGCUCAUAUUAAUGUUGAAUAUUGUCAUUCCGUACAAGCCAUAAAAUACAUAUGUAAAUACAUUAACAAAGGAUCGGAUCAAGCAACUUUCAGUGUCAGAAAUGCUCACGAUGAAGUUGAAAAUUAUUUGAACGGCCGGUACAUAAGUACAUCUGAAGCAGUGUGGAGGAUAUUAGAGUUUCCUAUACAUGACAGACACCCUACCGUAGUACACCUAGCAGUACACCUAGAGAAUGGACAACGAGUGUACUUCUCAGCGGAAAAUAUGCAAAAUAUAGCGCAAAAUCCACCAAAAACGACACUUCCGGCGUUUUUUGACCUAUGCCACAGUGAUGGUUUUGCUAAAACACUACUCUAUCACGAAGUUCCUCAUUAUUAUACAUGGGCUAACAAUAAAUUUUCUAGAAGGAAACGUGGCCAAGAAGUAGUUGGACAUCCCGGUAUAAAAAAAGAUGCGGCACUGGGAAGAGUAUACAGCGUUCAUCCUUCCCAGUCAGAGUGGUUUUAUCUCAGGAUACUGCUUCAUCAUGUACGUGGCCCAACAUUGUUCCAAGAUUUAAAAACCGUUGACGGAGUUGUUAAAGAAACUUACCAAGCCGCUUGCCGAGAAAGGGGUUUGCUAGAAGAUGAUAACCAAUGGGAAACUACUUUGAGAGAAGCUUCGAUUUCUCAAUGUCUGUUAAGGCUGAGAGAGUUGUUUGUGGUAAUAUUAUUAUUUUGUUUUCCCUCGGAACCUCUCAAAUUAUGGGACACGUUUAAAGAUGAUUUGUGUGAAGACAUCAGACAUAUAGCCCAAGAACAAGGUUCCGAUUAUGAUGUAUAUAACAAAGGUUUGAUACAAAUCGAAAACAAACUUUUAGAAUUAAAUGACAAAAGUUUAAGAGACUUUGGAUUACCUUCUCCGAAUCGCUCACAAAAUGUAGUUGAUGCCAUACCGUGCCGUAUAUAUGAUGUUAACGAGUUGUCAGAAUUUGUCAAUUCAAAUGUACCCAAGUUAGUGGCAGAUCAAAAAAUAGCGUACGAUGCUAUAAUUGAAAGUGUGGAAAAUAACAGUAAUCAACUUUUUUUUUUGGACGCGCCCGGUGGCACGGGUAAAACCUUUCUUGCCAAUUUAGUAUUGUCAAAAGUACGAUUAUUCGGAAGAAAAGCACUGGCUGUGGCAUCGUCAGGAAUUGCUGCAACCCUAUUAUAUGAUGGGAAAACGGCUCACUCUACGUUUAAAUUACCGUUGACUGUUUCUUUAGAUCAACAGUCUAUCCGUAAAAAUGGUCCACUGGGAAAGCUCUUACAGGACACGUCGCUGAUUAUUUGGGAUGAGUGCACCAUGAGCCAUAGAGCUCAUGUAGAAGCAGUGGACCGCACAUUAAAAGAUAUAAGAAACUCAUGCAAUAUGAUGGGUGGCGUAACUUUUGUUUUCGCUGGAGACUUUCGCCCAACUCUACCAGUUGUAACAAAAGGUAUACGUGCCGACGUUAUUAAAGCGUGCCUUAAAUCAUCACCUUUGUGGCUAUCAAUUAAAACUCUCAAUUUGCGCACGAAUAUGAGAGCACAUUUAUGCAAUAACCGCGGUGGUAAUUUCUCAGAAAAUAUACUUAAAUUAGGAGACGAAAAAUUUACUACUCCAAUUGCAAACAGCUCCCAAGUACUUUUGGAUAUUGGAUUGGCCCAAACUGUUCACAGUCUAGAAAUUCUUAUAGACAAAAUCUAUCCCGACAUCAACAAUCUUACAGUAAGAAAUUUCCAUUGGCUCUGUUCGAGAGCGAUAUUGUCACCCAGAAACGACUGUAAAUGA